UGGGAGAGCCGGAAGAGCCGCGGAGAUAGAGGAGGGAGAGACAGGCUGCAGGUCCAGUACAGCUUCCUCACCAAGCCGCUGCAGUGACCGGACCACGUCCCCCGGGGCAGAUUUGACAGUUCAACCGGUCGGAGGCUUCUUUGUGGCAGACGCGUGUGUGGGUUUGGCUCAUUAAAGAUGUGGAAGGCAGCAGCAGGACAGAACGUAAAGGUGGAUGUAGAUGAAGGAGGAGACGACUGGGAGACCGACCCUGACUUUGAGAAUGACGUGUCAGAGAAAGAGCAGCGCUGGGGGGCCAAAACGGUGGCCGGAUCAGGACAUCAGGAGCACAUAGACAUCCAUCAGCUGCGGGAGACUGUGUCCACGGAGCACACCAGCCUGAAGCAGAAGGAGCUGGAGAACAUGCCCAAAGCCUCGCAUGGAUAUGGAGGAAAAUUUGGAGUGCAGCAGGACCGCAUGGAUAAGUCUGCUGUGGGUCACGACUACCAGAGUAAGCUGUCAAAGCACUGCUCCCAGACGGACACGUCCAAGGGGUUUGGAGGGAAGUUUGGAGUGCAGGCCGACCGCGUGGACCAGUCAGCUGUUGGGUUUGAGUACGCUGGAAAGACGGAGAAGCAUGCUUCGCAGAAAGACUACUCCACCGGGUUUGGAGGCCGAUACGGAGUGCAGGCAGACCGUGUCGACAAAAGCGCCCUGGGCUUCGAUUACCAGGGGAAAACUGAGAAACACGAGUCCCAGAAAGAUUACGCCAAAGGUUUCGGUGGCAAGUUUGGAGUAGAGACGGACAAGGUGGACAAGAGCGCCGUAGGCUUCGAGUACCAGGGUAAAACGGAGCAGCACGAGUCCCAGAAAGAUUACGUGAAGGGCUUCGGGGGAAAGUUUGGCGUCCAGACGGACAGGCAGGAUAAAUCUGCGCUGGGGUGGGAUCACCAGGAGAAACUACAGCUCCACGAAUCCCAGAAAGAUUACUCGAAAGGAUUUGGAGGGAAAUUUGGAGUCCAGAACGACCGGAUGGACAAGAGUGCUGGCACGUUUGAGGACGUGGAGAAGCCGACCUCGUCUUACCAGAAAACCAAACCUGUGGAGGCUGCCGGCAGCGGCACGGGGAGCAUCAAAGCUCGCUUUGAGAACAUCGCCAAGCAGAAGGAGGAGGAGGACAGGAAGAGGGCGGAGGAGGAGCGAGUACGUCGGCAGGCCAAGGAGAAGCAGGAGCAGGAGGAGGCGCGCUGUAAAAUGGAGGCUACAAAGGCCCCGUCUCCCGUUCCUGCUGCGAGCCCCAGCCCAGUUCCUAGCCCGACUCCCCCAGUUCAGCCUGCUGCAGCACCAGCAUACCAGAACACGGAGGAUGUUUCCAGAAAUGCUGCUGAGAAUGGGGAGCCGGUGUAUGAGGUGGAGCCACAGAACGAGUACACACAGCAGGAGGACCUGUACCAGAACCCAGAUGAACCGGCUGCAGACGAGCAGCAGUACGGGUACGGUGAGGACCUCGGGGUGACGGCCGUGGCUCUGUACGACUACCAAGCAGCUGGCGAAGAUGAGAUAUCCUUCGACCCAGAUGACAUCAUCACCAACAUCGAGAUGAUUGACGAGGGCUGGUGGCGCGGCGUGUGCAGAGGCGCUUACGGCCUUUUCCCGGCCAACUACGUGGAAGUCCGGCAAUAAGGACGCUCCACCAUCCGAGACGAGCCCCGUCCUUGUCUCCUGAUCCCUCUCUUGCUCCGGUCUUUCCUCUCUCCACCUCAUCUUAGAGCUCCAACACUGUGUGAGACCACUUCAGGUCUCUUAGCGGGCUUUCUCUAGUAACACCCCUCCCUCCUCCAUUUCCAGACCACCUAGUUUGUCCCUGUGCAGCAGUAGACAGGAGGACCAUCACUAAAGCUGCAGGAUUCAGCAGCUGGUAUCAGAGGCUGCGUCCUCCAGCUUUCCUUUUCUUCUGGUUCACAAAGUGUUGAUCAGGUAUCGUUUCUUCUUCUUCUUCUGAAAAGAAUUGAAGUCUCACCAAAGAGCAGAGAAUGACAGAAAUGAGCUUGACUUGUCUGAACGGGUUGUGUCCGGGCCUCAGGCUCCUCGCCGUGCUGCAGAACCCCUCAGAGUGGAAGAAACUCGCGUUCACUUUGGAUGAUCAUGUUUGAUGAUUCGAUCCAGUCCUGACUAGUUUGGACCCAAAGGCUGCCUCAUCUCCCUCCUGACUGAAGCUGCACUCGUCUGUUCUUUAAAGCUUCGUGUACAUUCUGCUUUCUGCAUCAGUCGUAGGGUUUUUCCUGCUCUAGUAAACGAUCGAUGACGUUUCAGUCGUUCUCAGUCAGGCCAACUUGUUCUCAUCUCACCUUCAGAUGCUGCUUCACAUCAUCCUGAACAGAGAGCAUCUCUCACUCGGAGCCGCACAAAGCUUCAUUUUCUGGUUCUUCUUCUGGAUGAGGGCAGGAUAAGUGUGUGUGAGAGUGUGUGUGAGUGUGUGUGAGAGAGAAGGCUUUCAGUUAUUCAUUUUUGGGGUUUUAUAAUAAAAAGUGACCUUUUCAAAUGUUUUAUUUUAUCUGUACCGCUGUUUGCUUCAGUCACAUCAUUACCUGCUUUUUUUGUUUUUUAAGUUUCAAUAAAUAAAGUAUGAAUGAUCA